AUGGCACAGCGACCCUCGACAAUGAUGGGCCCGGGAGGCGCAGGGCGCCCAUCGAUGCAUCCGCAAGCCAACAACCCAGCGAACAUCAUGUUUGGCGGCCCUUCGUCGUCGGCGAAUCAGGCACGGCUUGUGUCAAAGCAGGCCGAGCUGGAAGGUCUGCGUGCUUUGAAGGACCAGUCGGCGCGCAUGGUCAAGGAGCUCGAGAGGUUGGCGGAGAAGGUCGAUAUCAUGGCCGAUGGCGGUGAUUCAAUCGCAUCCGUCAUGGGCUCAUGGCAGGGCGUCUUCCGCGCUAUCCAGAUCGCUCGAGCAUCGACGGUAUUCAUGAACCCUGGAGCACCCGAGUCUUCGAGCGCAGACACCUCGGCAGAGCAGGAAGAGGAGGACGACCUGUACACGUACGGCCCCGCGACCACCAGCAAGCCCGCGCUCAUCGAUACGAUGGUCCGCAUCCCACUCGACCUCGAUGGUGCCAUCGCAAGGUCCAAGGAUGACAGCGCGGACGUUUCGGCUUCUGCUUCCGUCUCCCAGUGA